CGACAGCUUCUAAAAGAGAGAGCAGACAACAACUCAUUUGGUGUGGUGGAAUAACUCUAAAACCUAAAGUGAACAGAUCAGAAAAUGUGUAAAGGAUUAGCUGCCCUGCCCCAGACAUGCCUGGAAAGGGCUAAGGAGAUCAAGACUAAAUUGGGAACUCUGCUUCAGAAGCCAGAGAAUUCCAUCGACCUUAUUAUCCCCUACCAAGAAAAGCCUGAGAAGAAACCAGAGAAGCUUCAGAAACCCACACCUGAAGAAGCAGCCCAGUGGCGUGAGUCCCUUGACAAGUUCCUUUCCAACAGCUACGGCCUGGCCACCUUCAAAAGCUUCCUCAGAUCUGAGUUCAGCGAGGAAAAUAUUGAGUUCUGGGAGGCUUGCGAGGACUUCAAAAAGACCAAGUCCCCUCUGAAAAUGGCCAUCAAAGCAAACAAGAUUUAUGAGAACUUCAUUCAGACCGGUGGGCCCAAAGAGGUGAACAUCGACCACUUCACCAAAGAUGUGACUCUGAGGAACCUGGUGGAUCUUUCUCCCUCCUCUUUCGAGCUGGCUCAGAGCCGGAUCUACACCCUGAUGGAGAAAGACUCCUUCGGUCGGUUCCUGCGGUCUGAGCAGUACCAGGAACUCCUCAAGUAAACCGAUUUGUCCAGCUGCAGGGAGACUCAGUUCUUUGGUCACAAAUUCAUAUCAUUUUACUCAAACUAAAAGUCUUUAAAAAUACAUUUUUGACACACUUCUAAAACUCAUUAAACGAUGCCACAGUUUUUUAUUUGGUAAAAGUGGAAAACACCAGGCACAGUUGCAAUGUCCCCCUGCAGCUGACUGAACUGGUUCACUGCUAACAAAAACAUCUUAACAUAAAUUGUUCAAAUUAAUGUGAUUCCUGCCCAGUGCUCUGAUUGUCAAAGUCAAGAACUUUAAUAAAAAAAGUUGAUUAGGGCUUAAGAGACAAUCAUUUAAUUUGUACAAGUGCAAAAUGCCAAGGAUUUGAAGCGCCUCUUAAAAUCUUGUAUAUAUAAUGUCCUAUUAAUUGGAGUCACACUCUGAUCCCUGUAGACUAAAUAAAGACUUAAACUGAUCCCCGCUUGUAAUUUAUGGCUUUUCGGAUAAGUGCAGAAGUGGUACAUGUACUUUUGAUGAGGACGUUCUGACCCAAGCAUCUAAGUUCAUCGUAGAUGUUCAUCAAGGUGAAGAGGCUGGGGAAUGGGAAUGGGAAUGGGAGAGUGUGGGCUUUUUCUUGGAAAUGUCUGUGUUAACAUUAAAAUGCCCAAAUGGUAAACCAAUGGAAAUCAUGGGGAAAUGACCCACUUUGUAUUGAAAGUUUCACUAUAAGUCAAAGCUAAAAAAAAAAAAGUGUGACAUGUUAAGAUGCACUCCAGUCUCUGGGAACUUGUUGUUUGGGUUACCGUUGUUGAAAGUUGCUAAGAUGGGAAUUUCAAGUAGGAGGGAAUCUCUAUAAAGCACUGGGCACAUCAUUUUUUAUUCUAAAGGAAAUGUUUAUUCCCAUGCCACUUUAGAAGCAGAAAACAUUUAGAUUAAGUCAUGGAAACCCAAAACAAGUGUUGUUUUUUUUCCGACUUCCUACAGCAACCAUUUAUCACAAUAACAUAAAUGUAUACACACUGUAAUACCUAUAAACUAUUAUACUCUAAACAAGAAUGAUUACUGCAAAAUGUUAUUGAAGUUAACAUCUAUUAUUUGCAUGUGCAGACAGUCGUGAGUUGUAAGUCAAGUUUGCAGAUAGAACGGCAUAUCAAACAUAUGUAACCCACAAGUGUGAUAUUCAGUGUCUCAUAUACUCUUGCAUGUUUCUUUAUUAUACUGUGUGUAGCUAUGUCACUAAAUCUAAUAACAUUCAUUCAUAUUAUGAGCAGUGGUAGGUGCCUCCAGAAGUCCUUACUGAUGUUCCAAAAGCAAAUUAUUAGUUCACUGCAGGACAGGUUUAGUUUAAUAUGGCCAUCAAUAACUGGGCAUCACUAACUAAAUUCAAGAUAAAUUGAAUUAAUCCCACAAGAAUUUUAAGAGCAGAAACAGCUCUUUUAGUUAAUUAAAAAAUAUACAUAUUUUAAAAUUAUGAUUUUUUUUUUUGGCUAAAAAUUGUCAGUAAGGACUGACAGAGUACCUUGCUUAUACAAGAAAUCUGCAUAAAACUAUAUGCAUGUAUGAUUGUAGUUGAUCAUAUAAAAUCCAUAAUCACA